AUGUUGACAUUGAGAAAGAAUUUAGCAAAGCCAGCAAAGAACUUGGCGUUCAAGAGACUUUUCAACGCCGCCACGGCGCCACAACCUACGUACCAAACAUCGAUACUUCCAAAUGGUCUCACCGUGGCAAGUGAGUCAAUGCCAGGUACGAAAACCGCAACGGUUGGAGUAUGGAUCAAUGCCGGUUCAAGAGCAGAUAACCCCAAGUCGAGCGGCACAGCACAUUUUCUCGAGCAUCUUGCGUUUAAGGGAACCAAAAGGCGGACACAGCAUAAUCUAGAGCUUGAGAUUGAAAACUUGGGAUCUCAAAUUAAUGCUUACACAUCAAGAGAAAAUACCGUAUACUACACAAAAUGUUUAAGCAAAGACUUGAACCAAAAUGUGGAUAUCCUAAGCGAUCUCUUAACACAAUCUAAAUUGGAGCCGAGAGCAAUCGAAAAUGAAAGACACGUAAUUCUCCAGGAAAGUGAUGAGGUUGAUAAAAUGUACGAUGAAGUUGUUUUUGACCACUUACAUGCGGUCACUUUUAAAAAUCAAGAUUUGGGAAGGACGAUCUUGGGACCACGCGAGUUGAUUAAAACCAUUAACCAAAAGGACUUGAAAGAUUAUAUAACUACAAACUACAAGGGAGACCGAAUGGCUUUGAUUGGCGUUGGCUGUGUUAAUCACGAAGAGUUGGUUGAGUUUGGAAAAAAGUUUUUCGGUCACAUCAAGAAGAGUGAAGUCCCAUUUAAUCAGAGUGGCAAUGAUUUGCCAAGGUUUUAUGGUGAUGAAUUUCGUCUUCAAGACGAUGCCAUGCCAACGACUCACGUAGCUCUUGCAGUUGAAGGUGUCAGUUGGUCCGCACCGGAUUUUUUCGUUGCUUCAGUAGUGAAUGGAAUAAUUGGUUACUGGGAUCGUGCACAUGGCACAGGUUCAAACUCCCCCUCGCCAUUAGCUGUUACUGCAGCGACGGGAGGACCAAACAACACGCCUAUUGCCAACUCAUACAUGGCAUAUACCACUUCAUAUGCUGAUACUGGUUUAUUAGGAGUCUAUUUUACAGCUGAUAAGGACACAAACUUGAAAUUGCUUGUUGAUGCGGUGCAAAAGGAAUGGAGAAGAUUAGCGCUGGGGAAUAUCACAGAUGAAGAGGUUGAAAGUUCUAAAGCUCACUUGAAGGCAUCACUUUUAUUAGCACUAGAUGACUCAACAGCAAUUGCCGAAGAUAUUGGAAGACAAUUGGUUAAUACAGGCUACCGAUUAUCACCAGAAGAAGUGUCUUCUAGAGUGGAAUCAAUAAGCAAAAACGACGUUAUAAAUUGGGCAAACUAUAAAUUGAGAAAUAGACCCAUUGCGUUGGCAGCAGUGGGUAAUGUGUCAACCUUGCCCUCCUUGAAAGAAAUAACCGAGGGCAUCAGAUUCUAG